AUGAGUUGUCUCUGUUGCGGGUUGGACGAGUGCUCCAAGUAUGAAGUCAAACCUGUCUGGUUGAUCGAGUUGAUCCCGAGCCUGGAUGCAUCAUAUUGGUUUACAACUUCUCCAGCUGAUGAGUUGAAGAAAUCCAUUGAUGCACCUGAACAGCUGGGAGAUACCGACCCAGCAACGGAAUUGCCGAUCAACCGGAGGGCGCUAUCAUCAGAGAGCAUUGAGGACCGCCUACAGCCUUCAAUGAAAGGGGUAACGCUGACCUUUAGCAGGCCGAACGGGCUGCAAGAAGAUGCCUACUUCGAAUCAAGACCCUUGGGGCUUCGAUUCUCGGACACGACGCCCUUGACUGUCACACAUGUUAGCUCGGACUACGCUAGUAGUGCCAGAGUCAGUCUUGGGUGGGUCGUGACGCACGUGAACAAAGUGCCGGUGCCACGUUCCAUUCUCCUCGCCAACACCUUGGUCCGGGACGCAGUCAGUCAGCUGCCGCGUGUAAAGCGGGCGAAGUCGCACCUCUCGGCCGCGGAUGUGGCGCUGCCCACAAAGCAACGAGACCGACGGUCUCCCUGGAGGAAGUUUUCUGAGGCCUCGUUGGACAGCCUGCCCAGGGGCCCGUCCACAGAAGCCAACCUUAGAGCCUUCAUCCAGAAGAACGUUUAA